CCCAUUUAAAGCUGCUUUCAUUUUACAAAAUGUCAAUGUGGUGUACCAUGUGUCCACUACAUUAAGAUGACCGUGAGUUCACACAACACUGACCUGAAAUUCAGUGAGAACGCCGUAGAGUAUCAUAUCAGGCAGCCUUAACUCGUAUACAACAAAAGUGAAUCGUUAGCCGCCACACGCACAGCGUGCAAUCGGUCUAUCGAUAACCAAGAACGUGUUGAGUCUUUUGUUGUUUUCCAAUCAUUGAUUCGUUGCGAAAUUCCAAAAUCUAGGUAGACACAAAAAAUAAAAACAAAAAAAGAGAUCCCUACAAUGUCACAUUUCACGUGUAUCAAUUGCGAUGCGCGCUUCGCCAACGCGGAUAUACAGAGGGAGCACUACAAAACUGAUUGGCAUCGUUACAAUCUAAAGAGGCGCGUGGCGCAGUUGCCGCCAGUUACAGCAGAGGAGUUCCAGCAGCGUGUGCUGAGCGCCCGCAGCGCCACAGAAACGGCCAUCGAGGAGCAACAGAUGAGCAUCUAUUGCACCGCAUGUCGCAAACAGUUUGGCAACCAGAAGGCGCACGAUAAUCAUCUCAACAGCAAGAAGCACAAGGAGGCGCUAGCUCGGCUCGAACGGCAGCAGACAGACACAGAUAGUGUAUCCGAUGUGUGUGUCAAAAGCAUUGUGGAGCCGCGUCCACAUCCGGCGCUGGCAGCAGCUGCUGCGGGCAAAGGACGCCUCGCAUUCGCAGAGCGGGCAAUGCAAGUGGAUGAUGAUGACGACGACGACUUUGAGGACAUUGAAGAGGAAGAGAUCGAUUCGGAUGAAUGGGAUAAGAUAGCUGAGAAUCCGUUGACCGAACGCGACUGCCUCUUCUGCGCCCAUCAGAGCGAGGAUCUGGUAGAGAACCUCAAGCACAUGUCAAUCACACAUUCAUUCUUCAUACCUGACACCGACUACUGCACGGAUAUCGAGGGCCUGCUCUACUACCUGGGCGAAAAGGUGGCUAAUUACUUCAUUUGCCUGUGGUGCAAUGAUCGUGGCAAGACUUUCUAUUCGCUGGAUGCUGUCCGAAAACAUAUGGUCGACAAAGGACACUGUCAGAUGCUCCACGAAGGCGUCGCCUUGGCCGAAUAUGCUGAAUAUUAUGAUUACAGCGCUAGUUAUCCGGAUCAUAAAGCGGGCAUGGACAUUGACGAAGAGGUUGUGCCCGAUCUGCUCGAUGGCGAUGAGUACCAAUUAGUUUUGCCCUCUGGCGCUGUUAUUGGCCAUCGGUCGCUGCUGCGCUAUUACAAGCAGCGCCUGCAACCGACUCGCGCAGUUGCGCUCAAGAAGUCGGAUCGGAAGCUACAUCGCGUGCUGAGCGAAUAUCGAGCACUGGGCUGGACGCAGACGCAGCAGCAAGCAGCGGCGCGUAAGGCACGCGACAUUCAUCUAAUGAAACGCGUACAGUCCAAGUGGCAGAUGCAGUUGGGCACUAAGGCCAAUAAGCUGCAGAAGCACUAUCGCGCCCAGGUGCUAAUCUAAGGACACAAGAAAUGGAGUACAACUUGUGUGGUAUACAAUAAUAUUUUCUUUUGUUGUUUUCGCUUUUAAAAUCAA